CGCAGGUAGAGGCGUUAUCGAUAUCGGCUGUCCGCACCCCUGCCGCUUCCCGUUGCGCAUCAUUCUAGCAUCCAAGCCAUUGACUACUCACGCUCAGUUCCACACGAGCACACCAUGAAGACAUAGCCACAGGCACACCGAUUGCCCAGCCGCGAACAUGGCGCAACUGCCCUCCCCAGUUGCGCAGCCCGUGUCCCCGGGCUCGACCCUCUCCUUCACGCAGGGCUUCCUCCUGGGCCAGCUCUCCAUCGCGCUCAUCCUCUUCGUCUUCAUCAAGUUCUUCAUCUUCGGCGAGCUCCCCUCGGCCGACGACCGCGCCGUGCACCUCAACAGCCUCCGCCGCGCCCGCACCCUCGCCCACCAGUCGUCGCUCCACCAGCGCACCCGCUCCAACAGCACCACCAACCCGCUCCGCCCCAAGUCCUCGCGCGCCGUCAUCCGCGAGGCCGCCGGCGCAGGCGGGCCCAGCGUCGCCGCCAUCCUCGCAAAGACGUACUACAAUGUCAAGGGCCACCAGCCCGAGAGCCUCGACUGGUUCAACGUGCUGAUUGCGCAGACCAUUGCGCAGCUGCGCGCGGACGCGCGGCAGGACGGCGCCGUGCUGACGAGCCUGACCGAGGUGCUGAACACGGGGUCCAAGCCAGCGUUCCUCGGGGAGAUCAAAGUGACGGAGAUCGCGCUGGGCGACGAGUUCCCCAUCUUCAGCAACUGCCGCGUGAUGCCCGCCGAGGAAGGCUUUCUCUCGGGCGGCGGCAGCGGCGGGAUAUCUGGGACCGAGGAAGGACGGCUGCAAGCCCGCAUGGACGUCGAUCUCAGCGACAUCAUCACGCUCGGCAUCGAGACGACACUCGUGCUCAACUGGCCCACGGACCGCGUCGCCGUCCUGCCCGUCGCGCUGGCCGUCAGCGUCGUCCGCUUCUCCGGCACCCUCGCGGUAUCCUUCAUCCCGUCCUCCUCACCCCCAUCAACAUCCUCAAACACACCCGCCCCAGACGACGCAGAGCGCCCGGGCUCGUCGGACGACCCAGGCCUGGGCGAGCGCAGCACCCCGCGCCGCCCGACCACCCUCGCCUUCACCUUCCUCGAUGACUAUCGGCUCGACCUCUCCGUGCGCUCCCUCGUCGGCAGCCGCUCGCGCCUGCAGGACGUGCCCAAGAUCGCGCAGCUCAUCGAGUCGCGCGUGCACGCAUGGUUCGACGAGCGCGCCGUCGAGCCGCGCUUCCAGCAGAUUGUUUUGCCGUCGCUCUGGCCGCGGAAGAAGAACACGCGCGGUGGCGAGGAGGGCGAUGCCGAGGACGAGGGCAUCCAAGUCACCAGCCCGACGCCGGAAGCGCCGCGGGAGAGGGAGAGCUUGCCCCAGACGCUCGAGGCGCGGAUAGAGGCCGAGGGCGCGAAGCUGCGGGAGGCUGAGAUCCGGGCUGGCGAGCGGAAAAGGGAUCCCGAUGAGGGCGUGAGGUGGCGGGGGGAGCAUCCAAGGGAGCAGGGCCGGCCGACGGAGCGCUUGGGGAGGGAGUGGAGUGCGCGCGAGGUGUCGGCCGCGAUGCCGGGGGGGAUGCCUGGGUGAACCUGUACCUCUCCUCUGCGCGGUCCAUUGCACAUAGGUUGGCACGGAUGUACUUGCAUAGGGGAUUACCAUGACAUGUGUGUUCAUAGCAUAGCAUAGCGAACGGCGUCACUCGAGGAUGAAAAUCAACAUGAUCACUGCUCUGC